AAAGCUGAUAAAUUCAUUUCAGAAAGAUUCCUUGAUCGCCCAAGCGAUUAUAAUGGGAAUAAUUUGGAAUUCAUCCCUUUUGUUGAUACUGGAAGGAGGAUGUGUCCUGGAUUAUCAUUUGGAUUGGCUGCCGUAAAAUUGACAUUGACAAAUUUACUAUAUCAUUUUGAGUGGAAACUCCCUAAUGGAAUUACCCAUGAGAAUCUUGAUAUGACCGAGUGUUCUGGUAUUGCGGUUAGAAGAAACACACAGUUUGCACUUGAUUCCCGUAGCAUAUGA